CUUGAAUCUGUUGUCGAAUUGAAUGAGUGUUAUUCCAUCUCUCAUAUUUCGUAAGAUAAGCAGACCUCAUUUAUUUACCAAUCAGCAGACAUUGAACAAGUUGAAUGUAUUUGUUGGUAGGAAGGCAUACCCAUAAUACUGAAAUAGAAAGCAGUUUUCUUUGAAAUCAAACGAGCUCCAAACGAUCAUUAAUCCAUCUCGAAAAUAUUAUAAAACAUAUUCAGUGAUCUUGAAAGUGCAUUAGGUAUGAUAGAUAAAAACUUUUUCCUCUUUAUCACAGAAUACGCACAAUCCAAUAACACAUGCAGUUUUAAGAUAAUUAUUCAUUCAGUGCUCUAGUAUAAAAUUGUUAGAAACAUGAUAUUGAUGGUGAUAAGUGUCUUUCUGGGAGUCAUAAUAAUACUCCUUACCACCAUGUUGGUGAACUGGUAUUCAUUGGUAUCUAAAUACGACUCCCUCAGAAACGUACCAGGUCCAAAACCAUGGCCGAUUAUCGGAAAUGCGAAUGAAGUCGGAAAAACAACAGUUGAUCUUCUUCAGUCCUUUGAAAGGCUCCACCAGAUAUAUGGUACGUUUUUCAAGUUGUGGCUUGGACCUAGACUGCAUUUGAUGAUAGCCAAGCCCGAAUAUCUGGAAGCACUCCUGACUUCCAAUGUCCAUUUGGCGAAAUCUGAUGGUUAUGAUCUCUUCAAGCCUUGGCUUGGAGAUGGACUACUAGUGAGUGUUGGAAAAAAAUGGAAGUGUCGUAGGAAAAUGAUAACACCAACGUUCCAUUUCAAGAUUCUGGAAGAAUUCAUAACAAUAUUCAACAAACAUUUCGAUCUACUCAUAGAUAUUCUUGCGAAAGAGGUCGAUAAAAAUCCUGAAAAAUCCAUCGAAAUCAGUGAAUUUGUUAACUUAGCUUCUCUGGAUGCAAUUUGUGAAACAGCAUUUGGAACCCCUUUGAAUGCCCAACUUAAGGGCAACCCAGAUUACGUGAAAGCAGUCAGCAUCAUCUUGGAAAUAAUCACUUUGAGAUUCUUCUCUGGAUGGCUCAGGAAUCCCCUGAUAUUCAGAUUCUCCUCGUUGUACCCAAGGUACAAGAAGAACAUGAAAAUCCUCCAUGAUUUCACCAACAAAGUCAUACUAGAACGCAAAGAGGCUUGCAGGAUCAGAAAGAACAACACACGUAGUCCUGCUGAGGACGGGAUCAGAAGAAAAGCAGCGUUGCUGGACAUGCUCCUUGAAGCCACUAGCGAUGGGGAAGAGUUGAGUAAUGAGGAUAUCAGAGAAGAAGUUGAUACGUUCAUGUUUGAGGGUCAUGAUACAAGUGCAACUGCAACUUGUUUCGUUCUUUAUGCAAUCAGUCAAAAUCCUGACAUCCAAAGUAAGGUAUAUCAAGAGCUCACAGAAAUCAUCGGGGAUGAUAGCAGAACAGAGAUAACAAUUUCCAAAAUCAACGAUUUGAAAUAUCUGGACAUAGUGGUCAAAGAAGCUCUGAGAAUAUAUGCUCCAGUACCUUUAAUUGAAAGAAGACUAGAAGAUGAUUGGAUAGUAGAUGGCAUAACUAUUCCUAAGGACACCAACAUAACCAUUUUCCUGUAUGGAAUGAAUCGUUUACCGGAAGUUUUUCCGGAUCCAGAGAAAUUCGAUCCAGAAAGAUUCCUUCCUGAGAAACAGUCACAGAGACAUACAUAUUCGUUUAUACCGUUCAGUGCGGGGCCUAGAAACUGUAUUGGCCAGAAAUACGCCCUAUACGAGCUGAAAACGUGCGUAAUAAAAUUCCUGCUGAAGUUCGAAAUCCGGGAGGAUCGCACCUUCCAGCCUGCUAUCGGAAUGUGUUCGGUUUUGAAAUCCAGGAACGGCAUCAAAUUGAAAAUGAGACCGAGGCACGGCCAGUAAUUCGAACAGAGUGUAGGUAUUUACAGGGUGAUUCUAUUUAUUUCUGGAAAAAUCAAGUGAGCCAUAUAGAUCUUCUUGAAAUGAAAUUCAUACUAUAUCUACAUACAUAGGAAUCUGGCCAAGAAUU